CAGCCAUGGCGGAGGAGAGACUUCAGUCUUAUCACUGGACGGCUAAUGUCCUAAUUGAAUCAGAUGUGUGGCGGGGUGGGGAGACGUUUGAAGAUAAUUAAGGUAGUAUCAAGGAAAACGGGAGGCUAUCUUCAGAUCUGUGCAGACGAUGCAUGAAGAGAGAGAAGACUAAAAGUACUGGGAUAAUACCACAAGUUUGUACAGACGCAUCCCCAAACGGACUAUAUCAACACAUUUUACUGGAUAAGAGAAGGUUGCAACUAGUUAUUGUUUUUUUAGACAAUCAUUUAUCUAAAAACAUUAACUAGAUAACGACGAAAAUAGAAAGGUCUUGAGGCGCUGGUAAAGCAGUCAAAUCAAAGGGAAUACAGGAUAUUGUCUUUGUUUGGAGAGAGACAAAAAACAAGUGAUGUCACAGCUUCUAUGCCCUCUGCUUUUCCUGUGUCUGGUACCAUCUGUGGUUGCUCUGUUUUGCUUCACCUGUGUCUUCCCUGCCAUAUCCCCACUGGACUGCAUCAAGUUCCCUCAGAAGUGUCCUCCAGGUCAGCUAUGUCUGUCCAGCAAAGCUGUGGGGAAGCGUGGAGAGUUCAGUGUGACGCUGUAUGAGAAGAGCUGUGUCCUCUCCGCCCUGUGUGGCCUGACUGGUGAGAAGUACGCUAUGGGCCUCAACUUCACCUUCACCAAUGAAUGCUGUUCCACCCACCUGUGUAAUGGAGCUGCAGCCCCCGCUGCCCUCUACUGGACUGGCUCUGCUCUCUCUCUCCUCUCAUUCACUCUCUCACUGUGUUGAUUUACCCAUCUUUAAAGAAAAUGCUACUGUCGCUAAAUGUAUAAGGAAAACAUGACCACAUUUAGUUGCCUAGCGUCGUCGAAACGUUUCAAAUAGAAAUGUGAUGAAUAGAGCUGGCAUGAUUCCUUGUUCUAAUUUUCGGAGAGGCAUGUUUGUUCAACAUACCGUAUUUCUAUCUGUCCGUUCCAAAACGUUGUAUUCUGCUGAACGUGGCCCAGGUGUUUAACGCAAUAAAGGUGUGCUUUCUGUACAUUAAAUAUGGACAGAGGAUAUAUUUUCCAUUGAACUGACCAUUUUCUAGAGUUGAGCAAAAAUAAUGUGCUUAACACUUUUUUUAUUUUACAUCUAGGCAUAGAAUUAACAAUAUCCCACAUGUAUAUGUCAUUAAAGUUGAAAAUGAGAGCUAACAACGUACAAAGCAU